UCACAUCUAUCUACCGUGUGCGGUGAAGAAAACGCAGAGAGUCGCCGAAUGCGUCUCCCUUUUUCUUUCUGUUGGAAAGAGAGAGAGAGAGAGAGCAGAACCGCAUUCGGUGAUUCCUCUUUCGCUCGUCUCGUGCCUUCGUCCUCGACGAUUCUCUCGCGUCCACGCCUUUCUUCGUCAGAUCGCGGGGAGGUUUCCUUUCGAGAUCCAUAGCUAGGCUGGCGUAAUGGACAACGUCGGCUCUCAGGGUGGAAGCCCUUCGUCGGGGAGCUCGUCCGAUCGGAUGAAGCCCUCGGAGGGCAGCCCAUUGGACGCUGGCAGAAAGACUCCAAUUCCUAGUUCUAUAACUGUUGAUGGGGAGAGAACAGUAAAGAGGCUAAAAUUGUCUAAAGCUUUGACGAUGCCUGAAAGUAGUUCAAUCCUAGAAGUAUGCCUAAGAAUGGCUGCUCGUAGGGUAGAUGCUGCAUUGUUGAUUGAACCAAAUGCCUUGCUUUGUGGAAUUUUAACAGAUAAGGAUAUAGCGACUAGAGUUAUUGCUCAUGAAGUAAACAUUGAGAAAACACCAGUGUCUAAAGUCAUGACUCCGAAUCCUGUUUUUGUUCUUUCUGACACACUGGCCGUGGAAGCGUUGCAGAAAAUGUUGCAAGGAAAAUUCAGGCAUCUGCCUGUUGUAGAAAACGGUGAAGUUGUUGCUCUACUUGACAUAGCGAAGUGUCUCUAUGAUGCCAUUGCACGGAUGGAAAGGGUUGCUGAAAAGGGGCAAGCGAUUGCAGCUGCUGUUGAAGGGUUGGGGAAGCAGUGGGGAAAAUCAUUUCCAAGUCCAAAAUCAUUUCUUGAAUCCCUUCGAGAGAAAAUGUUCAGGCCAUGCUUGUCCACCAUCUUACAGGGUUAUCCAAAGAUUGCUAUGGUCUCACCUACUGAUUCGGUCUUAUUGGCAACAAAGAAGAUGCUUGAGCUUGAAGCAAGUUCAGCAAUUGUGACUGUUGGAAACAAACCUGAAGGAAUAUUGACCUCAAGUGAUGUUUUGAUGCGUGUCAUUGCAAAAAAGCUUCCUCCCUCUUCAACCUUAGUGGAGAAGGUCAUGACUGCAAAUCCUGAAUGUGGAAGUAUUGAUACGCCAAUCCUUGAUGCACUUCAAAUCAUGCAUGUUGGGGAAUUUCUGCAUCUUCCCGUUGUUGAUAGAGACGGAAAUAUCGUUUCAGUUAUUGACGUAAUUCAUGUUACGCAUGCCGCAGUUUCCAUUGUUGAAAGUGCUGGGGGCUUGGGGAACGAAAGUACAACUUCAAUGAUGCAGAAAUUCUGGGAUUCAGCUAUGGCAAUUGGUACUUCUGAUGAGGAUGAGGAAUUGCGGAGUGAAGCAUCGACAAAAUUUGCUUCUGAGGCUGAUACCAGUAGCUCUCCAGCUUUUCCUUUUCCAGGCGUACCCACUGCAUUUUUCUUUAAGCUAGAGGAUAAAAGGGGCAGGAUGCACAGAUUUAGUUGUGAUGCUCGGAGCAUGACAGACCUUAUCACUUGCAUCCUCCAGCAGGCAGGCGAUGACAUCGACAGGAACCAUCUACCACAAAUUUUGUAUGAAGACGAGGAUCAUGACAAGGUGGUUCUCUCAUCAGACGGUGACCUUGUCGCAGCUGUGGACCAUGCUAGGCACGCUGGUUGGAAGGGACUGAGAUUAUAUCUCGACUUUUCUGAUUCUCAUCGUAGCGUUGGCAAAGAAAUGGGGGAAUCAGUAGCCAUUGACCAUUCAAGAGGAGAAGCAUGGCAAGCUGCAUAUAAAGCAAUUGCAGCUGGGGCUGCACUUGUUGCAGGUCUAACCAUGGUGGCUUACUUGAAGAGAACCGGUGGCUCCUCAUAAUAGUAUAUGAAAUUGUAUAAUAUUAUCCUCAAAUGUGAAACAUUAAAAAAGUCUUAAAUUCUUUUUACAGAGUCUCUUAUAAUAGAACUUUUAUUACAUCCAGUGAACGUACGCUCCUCUACGUUCGGUUUAGACAAAAAAAGCGUCUGUACCGAGUUGUACCGAGUUUUUUCAAAAAAUUCAGUGCAGACGCUUUUUUGUCUAAACCGAACGUAGAGGAGCGUGCGUUCACUGGAUUUAAUAAAAAUUCCUUAUCAUAAUGAUUCUGUUCAUGUGAAGGUAGAAAUAUUAAAUUAUUUUUGUGAGGUCUA